AUGGGAAACAAACUUGCCAAAGAAGAUAAAUCUAAUCCUCCUAAAAUAGAAAUCACUGAAGAAUUAGUAAAUAAAUUCUCCUCUAUUCCCAACUUUGAUAAAGAAAAAGUAGAGGCAUUACUUGCUUCAGUCAAAGAUAAUGAGGAAUUCUUACAACAAAAUCCUGAUCUAACUAAUAAAUCCUCUAAGGAAAUAAUCAUCGCGGCAAAAAG